UCCGCCCCGUUGCCUUCUGCGAGAGUCCGGUUCUGCAGCGGCGGCUCUUGGGUCCUUCUCGGAGGGUCUCCUCAGGCUUCCCUCUCUGGGGCCGGCUGCCUGCGAAGGUGGAGGCUUCGUCCGGUCUCCUCACCGGGGAUCAAGGCCCUUCUCCGAGGAAACAUGGGUGUCACCUGUGUGUCUCAGAUGCCCAUAGCGGAGGGGAAGAAUGUCCCUCAAACAGUUGAAAUCUUAACAAGAAAACUGGAACUACUUGGAGCAGAGAAGCAAGGAACGUUCUGUGUUGACUGUGAAACAUACCACACUGCAGCCUCCACAAUGGGCAAUCAAGGGCAGACUGCCAAGCUGAUGUACGUGAUGCACAAUUCUGAAUAUCCCCUCAGCUGUUUCGCUCUCUUUGAAAAUGGCCCCUGCCUCAUAGCAGAUGCCAACUUUGACGUCCUUAUGGUGAAACUAAAAGGCUUCUUUCAAAAUGCCAAAGCAAAUAAGAUAGAGAGCCGGGGUACCCGGUACCAGUACUGUGAUUUCUUGAUAAAAGUUGGCACUGUUACUAUGGGACCCAGCGCUCGUGGAAUAUCUGUGGAGGUGGAAUACUGUCCAUGUGUGGUGGCCAAUGACUGUUGGAACCUGCUAAUGGAGUUCAUGCAAAGCUUCAUGGGAAAUCAUGCCCCUGGAAUCCCUUCUGUGUUUGGCAAUAAGCACGACAGCAUCUACAGCCCAGGUGAUACGAUGGUACAAUACAUGGAACUCUUCAACAAGAUCCGCAAGCAGCAGCAGGUGCCUAUUGCAGGGAUCAGAUGAGGAAUCUGUAAGGACUUUCUUCAUGUGAGCAACCACACUGUUGACUAGUCGGUCUGUUGACGUAGCAGUUGCAGUCUGGCGCUCCACGUUGCAGUUGUUUCCCAUUAAAACAGUCUGUCUCCAUUGUAAGUAGUAUUAAUUCUGGCUCAUCUCUGACUCUCAGGGUGGCAGGGCGGCCUCAGUGAUAUUGGCAUAUGUGGCCUGCUAUUUCAGUGAAUUGCCUUAGAUUCUUCAAGCAACAGUUUUGCAACAGAGUGGAAACUGAAGAAAAAUUAUCAUCUUGAAGAAAAUAAGUGGAAUUGUGUGCAAGUGGCAGGAUAGGCUUUGGAUUUCCUCAGUUGGCUAUGAGUGAACUUGGGGUUUCUGUUUAAUAAUAUGAAAAUAUUUUAAUAUAACUUUUAUUAAAAGAGAUUUAUUUUCAUAUCAUCAUUUCUGUAGGUGAUACCUAUUAACAAAAUGUGUUCUCAAAUUAUGGACAUUUUAUCAUUUGGAUAAGAAAUGUACUGUAGUGCAUGUUAUUGAAGCAAACACACAGUAACAGAGAAUUCUGUUACCAGUGUUUAAGUUCUUGGCUUUCCACUAUCUUCAUAAAGCUGUUGAGAAGAUUAACAUCCUUGAGCUUAAGGAUAAUAUCAUUGAAUCUAGUUUAAAUCCUCUGCCUUCAAAAUCUGUACAAAACCAAACUUCAGUGAAAUUACUAUGACAUCAGCAUUUUUCUCAGAUGAAGCCUAAAAGUAUAUAAAAUGUAACUUUGCGAGUUAUAAAAAAAACAUUAAAUAUGUCAUUGGCUGAGGAAUCUCUUACUGUAUGUUUCUGUGUCAUAAAAGUUAUUUGUGCAUUUUUUCCCCUUUUGCUCCUGCAGUUGCAAAGCCAAUGUGCUGGCUCUAACUUAGGUCUUCUCUACUUCAUUUUGGAGGCUAAAUUUUGAUAAAGAAUUUAUUGUUGAAUGGGUUAUAUUACUCAAGCUUAUGAUAACUUCUCCAUUUCUGCUGAUGUGCUUGUGUAAAUCUGAGUUUUGCAUCAGCCUGUGAACAUCAUUCCAGAACUCCCAACAGUAGUUAGAUGAGAUCAUAAGCUCAGAAAACUGGGGCCCGCCAAUUUUCUAUAUUAGAUUAGCCAUUGGUACUUCUUUACUUAUUCACUUGGAGAUGACUAUACAGCUUUGGAACAUGGUACAUGUAGUUACAUUAGCAUUAGCAGGGGUGCUGCUUGCCAUCCAUGGCAUAUCUUAAUAUUUGUUGGAACAUCCCUGUUCUCUUAACACUGACAUGUUUGUGACAAAAUUUGUAGGGAAAGUGGUUUUGGAAGGAUACUUUGCUUUAGAUGUUGCAUGGUGAAGGAUGGUAUCAGGUACUUCAGUGUACUGUAGGGUGCCAAGCACAUGUUGAUCAAAGACAUUUUGAUU